AUGCGUUCCCCCCUCCGGCACCGUGGCUCCCCCCGUCCUGAGCGCAAUGGUUUCGUCAAGCUACCGAAUCAGCUGGGAGCGUGGUACAGCCAGGGACGGCCGGUGGGGUGGGGGGGGGGUGCCGGUGCCGCUCGCACAUGCGCAGACGGGUCCCCGACGCGGAAGUCGGUCGGAGGGAGCGGGUCCCCGGGGGCCGGGCUGGGGCUGUCCCGGGCUGCCGCUCCCGCAGUGCCGGGGGCUUCUUCGCUAUGGGGGGGGAUACUGAAUAUCUUUCACUUGUCCUGGUCGCUGCCAGCGCAGUGUGCCGGGGCUGGGCCGGCUGUGCGCGCUCGGGAGCUCUCCCCGGAGGCUGGGCGGCUCUGGGGGGCUCCGACGUUCGUCCUGGGUUUCCCUCAGUCCGAAAUAAAGCCGUGUAGGUUUUUGACGUACUCGGGGGUCUCCUCGCCUGUGGUAAACACCAUUUGCUGCGUGAGGACACGGAGCUGUGGGCUGGCUGAAGGCAGGCUGCUCUGGCCCCAUUCUCUGGGACCUGCAAGAGGAGCAUCAAGGGCUUCGUGGUGUGCAGACAGAGGAUUCCACAGACUCAGGGAAAGGAUGCAAACCUAUCUGGGGCAGCACAGAUACAGGGCUGAAAACAAAGACAUCCAAACCUUGAGCCAUUUAGAAGAGGAAGAAGCCAAAAUCUGUGCCAGAGGUUUGACUGCUGGGUUUACUCAUGGCUUCAGGUAAGCUUCUUUCCCUGGGUUGUUUAGCAUUUCAGAGGCCCUCUGUGCUCCUCAAGGAGAGCUGUGGAUUACAGACAUAAAACCUUGCAUAGCUUGCAGCCAAGGCACAGCACGGGGAGUACAAACAAGCUAAUCCAGGGUGCCUUCCUAUCCAGCUGCCUGCCUCUGACCCUGGCCAGCACUACAUGCUUCAGAGGAAGAUGUAAGAACCUCACAGCAGGCAGAUGUAGGAUAAUCAAUCCUUUCAACCUUGUUCUCAAGCCCCAUUAGAUCUCAUCGUGAUCCCAAAAUAGUUAGAGGUUGGAUUAAGUCUUGAAGGAUGACAUUUAAUAUACUCUCAAAAUUGUUGUUAUCAUUAACUCCCAUGACUCUGGAAACUAAUGUUAUCCAUAGACAAAUACAUUUUCAUUUUGAAUCA